UUAUACAUGUUUGAUAGGGAUAGAAAAAUCAAGUUUUAAUGAAUAUAAUAAGGUAAAAGAUCUAGUACUUGAUCACUCCAUGUAUUAGUAUAGCUAUAUUUAGUAAAUAUAGAUAUACAAAUACAUGAAGGAUCGAAUGUAUAUGUAAGCAUGUGUAUAUACAAGCAUAAGAGGGGAGAGGCUGAAGAGUAGGGAGUUGGAGAUCCUUCUGACUUAAGAUGUUACUUCACCCCUGCAAGAGCCAAUACAAUUUGAAAGAACUUUAGCGCCUUGAGUUACACGUGAUCUGGAUGCACUCAUAACACGGGUUAGCUACAGCCAAAAGUAAACAAAGAGGAAGCAUUUCGUCUAUUGACUAUAUUUAGACUGACACGCUUAUCGUCAUAAAUUAUAGUCAUUUGUGUAGAUCUCAUGCUCAUGAGUACGUGUCUGAUAAAUGUAAUUAGAUGAAAUGUGAUUUUUCUGAUAUCGUGAAAUAAAUCAAUUGCAUUAUUUAGUUGCUUUAUUCGAACAGCCAAAGUGAAAUCUUAUUUUAUUGAAACAUAAAUUGUAUGUGGUGAUCAGUUAUCUGAUUAGUGAAUUAUGUAAAUAAUAGCCUACAAUAAGGACUGAAAAUUUGUAAAGUAUAUAAUAGUGUAGCUUAAUAAAACUUUCAAACCUCAAUUUAGUAUUAUUUAAUCAGAUAAGAGUGAUAGUUUUACUUCUAUCCAUUUUAAUUAAGACAGGCUAUUGUAUUUUAAUUAUAAAUUCAUUGUGAUGAGUUAUUACAAGUGAAAUUGAAGAAUGAAGCGAGGCCCUUAUAAAUUAUAUUUGGGUCCUGAUGGUGACGGCGUUAUACCGCGAUCAACUUUUUAUGACAAAAUAAAAAAAAUUCGUUGCGCUGAUACAACUGCAAAUAAAAGUAAUCAACUUUACAAUCAAACUGUUGAUGAUCAUGAUACAAAUGCAACUAAUUUAUUGCUCACGUGGAAAUUUCUGAAGAUAACAACUUAUCGUCAGUAGAAAAUGUGGAUGAAAUCAUUGCUUCUCCUAUCUAUGAUCAAAGCUCAACUACAAUCCAUACGGUGCCUGAUUCUUGGAUAUAUGGAGACUAUGAUACAGAAACCCUGGACCGAGAAAUUUGGUUUGACGCUGAAGACUCACCAUCGGCUGAAGAUUUUUGUAUGGGUUCUAAUAACAAGUUUAACCAGAAAACUUCUAGAAGUGAAGAAUCUGAUACUUACUGUUACAAUCAACCGCUCUGUCAAUGUACUUCAGUUACACGCGGAGAAGCAAUGAUGAUGACACUCAUGCUUGGGGCUUAAGAGUCUUUGACAUGGAAAGCUAUAACUGGUAUUCUAUCUAUGAUCAACACAUUAUUUGGAAGUAAUGUCGUUCCAGCAUCGAAAUUUCAAUUAUUCCAAAUCUUGGAAAUGAAUAAUAAUAAUUUCUCACAUCAUUUAUAUUGCAAUGAAUGUUUUUAUUAUUUCGGCGUCCGUUCAACGUUGAAUAGUAACGAAUUUGUUUGCCAAAAUUGUGAAAAACAUUACACUUCAUCGAACAUAUCGUAUUUUUUAACCCUAGAUUUUGCUAGUCAAUUGAAAAAAAUUCUCGAAAGUUCCGAAGUUCAAGAAGUACUAUUAAAUCUUAUUGAAAAUGAAGAGGAAGAAGAAGAAAAUUCCAUAAAAAAAUAUAACCGAUGGACACAUUUAUAAAAAAUUAUCAACUCCUGGACCAAAUAAUCCUUUAUGUAAUAAAUACAAUUUUUCCUACACUUUUAAUACCGAUGGUUGCCAGGCAGCAAAAUCUAGUAAUCUUUCAAUUUGGCCCACAUACGUAACUAUAAAUGAAUUGCCGCCAAAAUUAAAAUCAAAACAUCUUAUAAUGACUGGUCUUUGGGUAGACAAAGUAGAACCUGAUAUGAAUCUUUUUUUGAAAUCAUUUGUUGAUGAAGCAAACGAUUUAUCUAAUAAAGGUUUAAAGUGGAAAUUGGGUGAACAAACCAUUACAAGUAAAUUUGUUCCACUGUGUGCUUGUGUCGAUUCUGUUGCUAGGUGUAAAAUGCUUAACAUGAAGCAAUAUAAUGGUAGAUAUGGGUGUACGUUUUGUGAACACCCUACGGAAACUGUAAAUAAAUGUUGUAAAUUUACUAUGUUAACGAAAGUACCAGUAAAAAGAACUGAUAAAUCUAUAAAAGAUCAAAUGGUUUUGGCAAGUGAAAAUGAGUACAGACAAGAUGUUACAGGUGUAUGGGGUCCAUCACAAUUAAUGAAUCUAAAAUAUUUUGAUUUAGUUGACGGAAUGUCUCCCGACUAUUUACAUUCAAUUUUGCUUGGAACUGUGAAACAACAUACAGAAUUGUUAUUAUCAUCGUUCGGAGAAGAAUAUUAUGCGGGAAGUCCUAAUCAACUGGAAGCAAUCAAUAGAAUAUUAUUAACAUUUAAACACCCAACAUCUAUAACACGAUCACCGCGAGAUAUAAUUGAAAGAAAUAAGUGGAAAGCUUCAGAAUGGCGUUCAUGGUUGCUUUUUUACUCGUUACUAUGUUUAAGUCAAAUAAUUCCACAUCAAUACUUGGAUCACUUGGCAUUACUUGUGGAAGCUGUGACGAUUCUUUUGGAAGAUAAAAUUACAAUUGAAAUGCUACAAACUGCAGACGGAUUACUUAUUCGAUAUGUUUCCUACUAUCAAGAAUAUUUUGGAUCAGAACAUAUGACGUAUAAUGUACACUUACUUUUACAUAUGGUCAAUAGUGUAGCUAAUUUAGGUCCACUGUGGGCACAUAAUACUUUUUGCUUUGAAAAUGAAAAUCACUUCAUUUUAAAGAUGAAAAAAAGUCCUUCUCAUGUAGGUCUUCAAAUUGCAAGAAGAUAUUUUUUUCAAAAAUCACUCCCUGCUUUCAGCGAACGGUUUAAACUUAGUGAUGCAUUUCACAAAUUUUGUGAUAGAAAUUUAACAGGCCGUCUUAAAAAUAUAUUUAAAAUUGAUGAUUGUAUUUUAAUAGGGAAUGGAAAAAAAUACAACUUAAAUGAUUCAGAAAAAAAAGCAAUUGAUUUUACUCCUGUUAAAUGUAAGUCAUACAAUAGAUUGAUUUAUGACGGAAACCGUUACACAUCGAAAGGUUAUCGCUUGUGUCAAAAAAUAGAUGAUACGAUAAUAAUGUUAAAAGAUGAUAAAAAAGGAAUGAUAAGCAAUAUUUGUUGUUUCGAGGAUAAAAAUGGAAAUGAAGAAAUAAAAAUAUUCUACCAGGAAAUAAAACACACAGGAAAAUUUUUCCACUCUACUCGACACGUAACUGUUCAUAGCAUCAAUGAGUGCCUUAUAACUAAUGAUUUAUAUGUAUGUAAACCAAACUCUAUAAUGCGACCCGGAAUAUUAAAAAAAAUAGGAACAAAAUAUUAUAUAAUAAAUAUACCAAAAGGAUGUUAUGGUGAUUAA